AUGUCUAAUCCGCCUGCGUCCAACGUCCCUGCCUCCGACCCUCCAAUCCAAGGUUACACCCUCACCGACGAGCCCUCGCACGAUCCUACAUCCGUGCCCUUGCCAAAGUCACCGGAGACUGCCGCACCGCCCACCCAGAGCUUCGCCGCUCCUUCCUCUCCUGGAACUGGAUCUGUUGCUGCUGGACCUGGAUCCAAUGCAGCGUACGACGGCCCGAACCCGUUUCUCGGCCCCUCAGAUGGAGGUGCCGGUGCAGAGCCGACGUCGCCUGGCUCGAGACCCGGCGAGACGGUGUUGAGCUAUACGCCUCCGUCGCACGAGCAGGACUACGCUCCGCCGCCCGGCCCGCCUCCGCCCUCCACCGUCCCUCCCACUUCGGCACCUUCUUUCCCCACUCCUGGCCAACCCGCUCCCAACGCUCAGCCGCAAGCUCAUGGUCAGAGCCAGCCGCAAACGCAAACGGACGAAGCGAUCUACGCCUCAAACACCCAGCUCGCCUCGCUGCACGCCAUAUUCCCCGACUUCGACGCCGAGACUCUGCAGAGCGUUCUCGAGAGCGUGGGCGGCGAUCAAGAUCGGGCGGUCGAUACGUUGCUGGGUAUGAGCGAUCCCGAGCAUGUUAGUACGAGUGGACCUGUGGGGGAGCAGGCGCACCCGCAGCAGAAGUCGCAGACGGAGCUGGACGAAGAGUUCGCGCGCCAUCUGAUGUUGCAGGAACAGGAGGAGUAUAAUCAGGCGCAGGAGCAGGCGCAGAGGGCGCAGGGCGAGCGGUGGACACCGCGUCAGCGUUCGUCCCAGGAUCAGUCGCGACUUAGUCCCGGUGCUGGUGCGAAUGCUGGAGAGAGGGAUACGUUCGCGGAGGUUCAGGAGCAGGUUACCAAAUUCGCCGAAUCGGGCAAACGGACGUUCUCGUCCCUCCUUACAAAAGCCAAAGCCAAGCUCCAAGAACUCGACCAGUCCCGUGCACAAGGACAAGGACAGGGCCAGUCCUCCGCCUCUGCUUCCAACCCUCCGUCGCAGACGCAGUACCAGAACCCCGGGCAGCAGCAACCUGUGGCGCCUUGGGCCUCCGGGGGCUCCUGGAACCAGUCUGCGCCCCCUCAGCCCGCGCCGGGCUUAGACCGCCACGCCCAAGCAGCCGCCUACGCGCCCGUCGCGCCCUCCACUGUGCCCGCCCCAAGCACAACGCCUAACACCGUCCCCGGCCACGACUUUGCUUCCACCGGCACACCUCCCCCUCCGCGCACAGGCUCAGGCGUAGUGGGCAAUGCGAAUGCGGGUGUGAGCGCCAGUCCGCCGCGCGCGCUCGAUCCGAGCGAGGUGGGGCUGUUGCCGAAGAGACCGGUUACGCUUCAGGCGGCUCAGAGCGGGAGUGUGGGCGGAAGGGGUGGACGGGCGCCGCCGGAGGAUGAGGGGGAUGAGUUGGAGUAUGUUGAGAAUCCGUUUGAGGAGACGAGGCGGUAG